CGUCGAUCGCAUCAUCGCAACACUCAACACCAUCAUCAUCAUCGCCUUCUGUCGCGAGAGUCCAUCCUCUCCGCUUUCUCCAUAUUGAUGGAACCGCUACUAUAGAGCUCAAAAUGGUGUAUCAACCGAAGUCUUCGGCUUUCGCGCGCAUGCGCACAUCGAACGCAUUCAUUGCAUUCGUGGUUUGCACUGCCAUAUUUUCCGACUCAUUCGUGUACGAUCUUAUCAUUCCUUUCAUCCCGCACAUGCUAGAGCACCGACUCCAUCUGCCAGCCGAUCAAGUACAAAUAUGGACAUCGACGUUGCUUGGCGUGUUUGGAGCCGCAUUUGCCAUUGGUAAUUUGAUCGCGGGCUAUCUCACAGAUCAUUCGCCUUCUACAAAGUUCCCAUUUCUGCUCGGCAUGGUCACGAUGAUCGCAUCGUCCUUGAUGUUCUUCCUGGGAGAACAUAUUGCAGUCGCGGUCGCCGCUCGUGCUCUGCAAGGACUGUCGGCAUCGUUUGUAUGGGUUUCCGGCCUUGCCUUUAUGACUUCGAAUGUAUCCGGCAGCUUUAUCGGCAAGGCCAUGGGCUACGUAUCAGUCGGGAUGGCAGCCGGAGAACUUCUUGGACCGCUUGUUGGCGGUGCCAUGUACGAGCACGCGGGUCACUAUGCUGUUCUAGCCCUUGUAUGUGCGAUUCUUGGUGUCGACGUCGCGCUCCGGCUCUUACUGGCGGACAAAGAAUCUAAUGAUAGUAGGGGCUCUACCGGUGCCGCUCUGGAAGACGACGAAGAGCGGCCUCUGCUUGAUGAGGGCCCAGUCGGAGAGGCUGAUGUUCAAACGCCGGUAGCAGAAGAUGCCGGAGUAACGAGCUCGAAGACUAUUGACAUAUUUGGACUUCGCCUGGAUCGCGAACUAUGCGCCAGUUUCUAUGCAGUCUGUGUUAUUGGGACCAUCCGCUACUCCUUUGAGUCCUCGCUCAGCAUAUUCGUUCUUCAGCGCUUCUCGUGGUCCACGUCCGCCAGCGGCGGCAUUGUCUUUGCUUUCCUUGGUCCAGCAGCUUUUGGUCCGCUGGUCGGACACUUCACAACAAAAUACGGCCCACGCUGGUUCACCGUCGUUCUAUUUGGCGUCUCCGCAAUUGGUCUCGUCGGUCUCGGUCUGUUCACCCAGCCCAGCACUGUGGUAAAAGUGUUCUUUGUCAUCACAGUCGCUGUUGUAGGCAUCUGCAUGUCAUCGCUUACCACGAUUCAAUCGAUAGCAUUCUCGGUUGCGGCGAAGCGAAGAGAAAUGGAAAUGAAGCGGGCGGGUAAAAGCAGCAGUACCGGAGCUGAUUUCGGAGGCUUCAGCAUGGCCUGGACUACCGGCAUGUUCAUCGGACCGUUGGCUGCAGAGCUCUUUGUCGACCACGUCAAUUGGCUGGCAUAUUGUUUGUUUCUUGCUGGACUAUGCGCAAUCAGUGGAGUCAUCAUGUCUUUCACAUGGAAGGAAUGGGAAAUACCUGAAGACGAAGGGUCGUGAAGCGGGCACGGAGAAUGUUUCUAUACAACCACUAAAGAACGUACAACUGAAACCAGCAAGCUUUCAACAUCUCCCGCUCAGUGUAUAGCACAACUUGAGCAUAGAGCACCAUGAAGAACAAAUCAGAUUCUGG